AUGUCAGAUGAUUUAUACAUUGACGCAAUUCAGGGUUAUGACACCGCAACCAACCCAUACAUUCGAGGCCUCUGUGGUGAGAUAUGCGACCACUUGAAGAUCCUCGCCGGGGCAUGGCGACCACCGAACAUCAAGAUAGGUGACGUCGACAACAAGUUCCCAGGAUAUGCCAAAGGAGCUCAAGAAGCCAGCGAGGUUUUCGGGUCCUCUAUACAAGAAUUGGAAGACGCAAUCGACAUCCUCUUUGACUUAGCGGAUGGGUUGCCAGUGGGUCCUUUACCUGAUCGCUUUGAAUACGAUAGAGAGCCAACGACUCCAGGAGGUCUGGCAAGAGCACAUACGCACUACCUUGUCACGACCCGCAACUAUCCCAUGCGUUUUGCCAUGACCACAGAAGAGACCAGAAGCGUAGAUGUGAAAGAAUGCAAACGACACAUGAUCGAUGCGGCCGUAAGGUUUCGAGACAUGCGAGCAGAAGCACUCGAUGUUUCGGAUAAGUACUUUGCGAUCUUGCAACAAGCUGGAUACAAGUCCGAGGAUGUUUUUGGCGAUAGCAUCAGGUCUUCUCUUCCUUCUGCUGCUCAGCUGCCACGAUUUGACCUGGCAGCAGAAGCUGACGCUGUGAGUGGAGGCGUUGAUGAGGGCCAUGACCAGUCGAUGUCAGAGGCACGCAAAUUGUUCACUGAGAGACACAUUUCGAGAGCGAGUUCGUUGUGA